AUGGCGGGCGCAGGCCCAGCGCGCCGACUGCGGGGUCAGGGGCGAAGGGGCAGGCGGAGGGCAGCGCGCGGGGAGCCGGCGCGGCGGCUCGGGUUACCGCGGCCCGACCCUGCCACCCGCAGCUCCGGCGCGGGGGCUGGGGCGGACUCCGGCCGUACCCCGCUGUUUGCAUUUCUCUGGCAGGCGGCGGAGCUUGGGUUGAAAGGAAUCGCCUUCAUUUGGAACGUUGUUUAUUUUUCUUAACUAGCCAGCGCCGACGGACGACCCCGCGAGCACGGAGGCCGGACCCGGCCGAUCCAGCGCUAGAAAGGGGUCAGGACUGGGGGCGGCCAGGCGAGGUGGUGCUGCGAGCGCCCGCACUGGGAAUGUGCCCCGGUGCCCCAGCGGCCGGGAUGGGGGAAGGGUCGUGGCGGGCCCAAGGACUUUCUACCACGUAGGAAAACAGACUUUCUCCUGCCAGAGUUAUCAUACCUUAGCUUUGACCUUGCCUGAGCCGGGGCAGCGAAGCGGUUAAGCUCUUUGGGUUUGGUGUUUGGUCGCCUUGGGUUUCAGUUUCUCCUCCUCGGUUUUUAGCUCCACGACCUUGGUCAAGUCACCUUUGUGACUCAGUUUCCUCGACUCUCAAAUGGGUAUAGUAUAGUGCUUUGCUCCUUGAGUUGCUGUCAGGAUUAGAUGAGACAAUGCACCCUAGCGCAGGAGAUGGAACUUGCCAAGUGCUUAGGAGACGUCAAUUCAUUUUGUGGGGGCUGUGGCGCAGGGUAGGUG